ACAAAACUGAAGUGGGCUACUAUGAUAUACUGAAAGCUGUAUAAGCAAUCAAAAAAGAAUGUACCACUUCUAGUCCCACUGAUUUUCCCAUAUCCAAAUAUCAUUAUGUCUUCAGUCAAUCGUCAUCGCUGAAGUUCACAAUGAGUCGCCGAUUUUAUAACGUUUCUUAUGAAGCUAGUCCCACUUAUAUAAGUUCAUUAGACGCGGGGGAUUUGGUCUCGCCGUUAUAUGUUUCUGCCCAUCCUUAGGUGCCGUGUAGUUUUCUUGACUUAUCUUAGUAUGUCUCGGACUAACAAAAGUCAUAGGCCACCUGGUUUGAAAGGAAAAGAGAUAGGUCUUUGGCAUGCUGCUCAAUCGAAAAACCGAUGUAAAGGUGAUUUGGACUACCAGACUAAGUUUGCUCCUAUGCCUCUUGUCGGCCUGAAUCUUCCGAAAAUUCAGUCAGUUAUACAAGAAUUUGUGGAGCCAGUUCCUGAACUCCCCAAAACUAGUAAUGAACAUAUUUCAUCCAUGUGUAAACUCCCAACUCUCAGUACUUCAAAACAAACUCCUGAAGAGGACGAAGCAGAAGAAUUAUUUGGAGAGAUUCGAGAUUGCUUUGAUGUCUCAGUGGGUCCAUGCUCUGAUCCUGAUCAAAUGUUAUUAACAAAAGAAAGCUUGGCUCGAAAUCCAGACAUCGAUCAUGAGCUCUGUCUUUCAAUGCGGAACUGCAUGAAUUCUGCUGCCUACAUGAAAAUUUCAAAAUCCAGGUGUGAACUCCCAGCAUACCAAUUCAAAGAAGAUAUUGUCUCAACUAUUCGAGAUAACCAAGUUGUUAUAAUAAGCGGUGAAACAGGUUGUGGGAAGACUACACAGGUUCCACAGUUUGUUUUGGAAGAUCAGGUCUUAGGUGGAAAUGGGUCUGUUACGCGUAUCAUUGUAACACAACCUCGGCGUAUAAGUGCUGUUUCGGUCGCUGAACGUGUAGCAACUGAAAGAGGACAAUCUAUAGGAUCUUCCGUUGGCUAUCAGGUCCGAUUAGAACGCCGAUAUCCUCAACGUCCUCAUGGAUCUAUCAUGUUUUGUACGACAGGAAUUAUUCUUCAAUGGUUUCGUUCUGAUCCACUUCUAAAGAAUAUCAGUCAUAUCAUUGUUGAUGAAGUACAUGAACGAGAAUUUUUAUGUGAUUUUCUAUUGUGUAUGCUAAAACGAAUUGCUCCUCUUCGUCCAGAUCUUCGAAUAGUUCUCAUGUCGGCAACAAUCAAUGCGGAAAAAUUCGUUGAAUAUUUUGACAAUUGUCCUAAAUUUGAAAUUCCCGGUAGAACCUUCCCAGUGAAGACAUAUUAUUUAGAAGAUGUUUUGAGAGAAACUAAAUUUUGGUUGCCAAAUAAUGCUAUAACCGCUUUAUGCCGUGAUCAAUCACGUACAUUAAAACAGCGUCUUUUAAAAUCUAAUCUUUCAAAAAAAGAAGCUCGUAUAUUAUCUUAUGGAAAAAGCCCUGAAUUCAAUAAGUGGUUGCAUUCAUUAAAAGGAUUAUCUUCCAAUGCAAUAGAAAUUUUACGUAGUGUUGGAGAAGAUACCUAUCCUCAAACCGAUCUUAUUGCACAUUCAGUUGAGCAUAUUUUACAGAAUACACAAUCGGGUGCAAUACUUGUUUUUGUUCCAGGUCUUGUCGACAUAAAAGAUGUAAUCAGAAGUUUACGUGAAUUAAAUCCAAGACGAUAUGAUGAUCGUUAUGGAAGUGUUAGAAUUUAUCCAUUACACUCAAGAAUUCCCACGUCUAGAGAUCGCUCACUGUUCGAACCGUCACCAAAAGAUCAAAGAAAAGUUAUUAUAGCAACUAAUAUCGCUGAAACGAGCAUAACCAUUCAAGACGUAGUUUAUGUGAUUGAUUGCGGUCGUAUCAAAGUGACAGAUUAUGAUCCGAGACAGAACACAUCAACUUUAACUGCGAUCCUUGUUAGCAAAGCCAAUGCAGCUCAGCGUUCUGGAAGAGCUGGCCGUGUACAACCUGGCAUCUGUUAUCAUUUAUUCCCAAGUUAUGUGUACAAUAAUGUUAUGUCAGAUUUCCUACAACCGGAAAUGUUACGUGUCCGUUUAGAAGAUGUGAUUUUAAGAAUAAAAUUGCUAGGUCUUGGUCGUGUAAAGUCUUUCUUAAUCAAUUGUCUUGAUUCUCCUUCUGAAGAUGCUAUCUCAAAAACUUUAAUAUUUCUUAGACAAAUCCAAGCUCUGAAAUUAAUCAAAUCGGAAACAUCGAAUUUUAAUGCGUCUCAUUCAAUAAAAUACCAUGAAAAAAGUCAUAAAGUCAAUCGAAAGUCUCUUCGAGAAUUUUCAGAAGCUGUUAAAAAGGAUGUAAAUGCUAUUGGUGUAGAUUCUUUGGAUUCUAGUUGUAUCCAUUUAGAUUCAACAGAUGAAGAUGACGAUGAGUUAACUCCUCUUGGUGUACACUUAGCCAAUUUUCCACUGGAUCCACAAUGUGCUAAGCUCUUAAUUUUCGGUGCAUUAUUUGGUUGUUUAGAACCAAUUUUAGCUGUCGCUUCGUGUUUAACAUUUCGUGAUCCAUUUGAAGUACCUUUAGAAAAACAACAAGAGGCUGACCGAUGCCGAAUAGAAUUGUCUCAGAAUUCUUUAAGCGACCAUUGGGUAUUUGCUACAGUUAUUCAAAGUUAUCAAGGACUUAAUUCACAAAUCGAACGUCAUCAAUUUUGUCGAAGAUAUUUUCUUAAUGAACAUACUAUAAAGGAUAUUAUUCGACUUAUGAAUGACUAUGCACAAUUGUUAUAUGAACGAAGGUAUAUUGGUACUCCGAAACCUAAUGAUUCGAAUGCAAACUGUAAUCAAUGGAAUAUCAAUCUUUUCCGAGCAAUAAUGUGUGCAGCAUUAUAUCCAAAUAUUGUAAAAGUGGAUCCACGAUUUACUAAAGAAGGCAAACCUAAAGUACCAGUUAUUAUGGCUUGUCCAUCUGAGGGUAGAGCAAAUAUUCAUCCAUCGUCAGUAAAUAGUAAAAUUCAACCAACUGAGCCUAUAUGGAUGGUUUAUUUUACAAAAACUAAGCUUGAAUCAGGAUCUAAAGGUUAGUAUUUGACUUUACAUGAGUUAAACUUAAUUGUUUGAAUGGGUUUUACCUGCUGGAAACAGUGAGUUUUUAAAUACUCUUAUUUUCAAUAAUCACACAAUAUAUUUUGAUAUUUCGAAGUACUGCAGUGCUGUAUAAGGCAUAUGUCUUAAUUAUUUUGUCUAGUUUAUAAUCUGUUUUUGAAAUGUGAUACCUAGAAAAUUGUCUUAAUAAUUCCAAUAGGCAGUACCUUAUUAGUUUCUGUCACUUUUGUUAUACAUGUAAGCGUUUCCGUAAGAACAAUUAAAUGAUAAGCUUUAAAUUCAGUUUCAUAAGGAUGGUCAUUCUGUCUGUUACACCGAAAAUUAACCCAAUCCAACAAUCACAUACUAGGUUGUGAAUCUCAUCUGAUUUGCGAAGGCUUAUGGAAUAUAUUUGAAUUUAUCAUCCAUUGCCUGAUAACUCCGGGUUCAAACUGGUUACUACAUACUAUUUCAUGUAAUAAUUUUCAAGAAAUACAAUCACGAUGUAUUUUGUAUAUCCCAAUGAGCACAAAUUAGAAUUCCUAACCUUUCGCAACUGCUUCAGAGAGUGGACAAAUAAAUAACUGCACUAAAUUAACACACUUUUGAGUCAUCUAGCCUAAAGAAUGAAACUUCACCCACCUGAGCCACAAACCUUUUCCACCCUAAAUCAGCACAAAAUCAGAUAGUAGAGAUAAAUAAUGCAGAAUAUGUUGUUAAGCGAAAUUCUAAUGGAAAUUUAAGUUUAACCACUCAUCGAAAACCAGGACAUUUAACUGUGCACAUCCAUUCAGUGCAAAUAAUUUCCUUGGCUCUAAAUCUAUUUAGAAGAGCUACCAAGAUCAUUAACUCAGAAGAUAAAUUAAUGGGACAAAAUAACACUAAGUAUCUUACGAUUUAACAAUUUUCCUAGGAAUCCUAUUGAAAACGUAUUAAAAUAAACGAUUUAUCUUUAACAAUUCAAAUGAAAUAUUAUGUAUUGGUACGGUAGUUUUACCCUACCACCAUGGUACGACGAAAGAAUUUCAAUGUAUCGUCCAUAAAACAACUAACACUUUUCGAGAUCCUGGGAUUCAAAUAAAGGAAGAGAUCUCUUUUACUUUACACAAAACUGCAUCUACAAAUUAUAUUGUGUCGACUGUGAUGUUUUAUAUAUUAGAAAGUAUUCUCUUGAAAUCCUGACUCCAGCCAAAAAACAUCUAAGCUAACUAAAAAUACUUAGUUAUCGUGUAGAAUUUGAUAAGCUUCGAAUAAAAUCAGCAAUAGCAGUGGUUGCCAUCUUCAAUGACCAUAAAAUAAAUUCAAAAGACACCGAAAUAAUUCAAAAAAGCUUUUCCAACAAUAUAGGUAGGUGAGUAGCUCUUCAUGGAAAAAGGGCAUGAUGAUCAUCUAACUUGGACCGUUUAUCCAAACAACUACACUUAAUUUUAUUAAUUUCUGACUCUUUUAAUACACACAUACAUACACAAAUUUCACAUUGUUCACACCCACUAGCGUAUACACAAAUAUACACUGUAAUGUCCCACAUACAUCUUGACCGGACAACAAAACAUCGAUAUAAUCAAACCUAUUUUAUUUUAAUUAGAUUAGACAUUCUAUCCUGGUUCCGUUUACUAUUUAAACCUAUAUUAAUUUAAUUCAGUUAUUUAUUUAAUUACUCUCUUGAGAAACGACUUAAACUAAAUAGUUGUGAGACGUUAGAAAUUCUUAUUUCUACUCAUUAGGAUGCCACGUAUAAAUCAUGACUUUAUUAAUAACAUUCUAUCAAAUGCUCAAUUUAUUUAAAAUUAUGAAGUCAAAUUUUGGUGUUAAAAAGGUCGUAUAAAAUGGAAAUGAAAUAAUUAUGUUAAUUAACUAGAAGCCAACUUGCUAUGCUCAAAUAACUGAUUAUGAUUAAACUACUAUUGUGAUCCUAAUUUAAACGUUGAUAUGGUAGCUUUUUAGUUAAUAGAUAUUGUCACGUACACAAGUUUAUAAGUAUAACUUUCAUUUUAUUGCUACUGUGUAAUAGACUAUUUUGCUUCAUUAUCUUAAUCUUAUUUCCUUUGUAGUUAGCUAUGAGGUUUAAAUCCCUAAGUGUUAUUUCCUAAAUAACUUAAACAAUUUUUAAUACUAUAUAAAAAUAAGUUAUUUAUGCAAAACUUUCUAACUAUUAUUUGUUAAAUCUUAUUAAAGUUUCUUUCUAAAUUGACUGCCACUAGAUAAACAUAGUAGACAAACACAACUAUCAUAUUGUAAUGAACGAGAACAAUGGCAGGAAAACCAAAUGUAUUUCAACACAUUACAGAAUAUCGUGGUAAAAUCUGAAAACCAUACAGUAAUACUUCAUUUGCAAAAUAUCCAUCAGUCUUCUCAGACUUUGUUGUUCCUUCGUUUCCAUACCACUCACUCUCUGUUCUCGUUUCCUUUUCAAUUUUCUCAUCGUUCUACCGCCGGGCAUUUCCACUUUCGAUUGUUGAUAUAUACUACUUAUAUCUGUCGAUAUCAGUAGCACACACCACAACAUAACUUUACGUUGCAUGACAUUGCUUGGUUUUUGUCGACUAUAAUCAGAGUAAUGAAAUAAGCAAUUCGAUUUUCGGUAUAAAAAAAGUGUAAUUAAAAAUGUAAACAGUGAUUGAGGAGGUUCUAUAUGUUUAUAGUUUGAUCGGAACUACUGACAAACUGGGACUAAUGUUGUCCAAGACAUCAGUUGUCUUAUAUCUAAUAAUACCUAUUACACACUUCUUUGAGUAAACUUCCAAAUACUUAACACCAAAAAUUGUACUUUUUAGCGCUUGAUUCUUGCUCGCUGUUUUAAUCACUGAAUAAUUGAAUGUUCUCCUAGGGGCUAAAAACAAGUUUAUUUAAAACUGUUCAAUAACAUAUCUAGAUCUCAUACUUCAAAUAACAUCCAAAACCUAUUUUAUUUCAUUUGCAUUUUUCCAUUACUUAUCAACUAGAAGAAGUUAUUUAUAUAUUUCUUCAAGAAUGAGAAAAUGAUGCUUUCAUGCCUAGAAUUAACUUUCCCAUUCUGUCAUAAAUUUCAUUUAGUCAGGUUCUAAAGUAGUCUAAUCUUCAUUAUAUAUUUAGGUCAAUUAAUUUAGGGCGUGACCGAUGCUAAAAUCUGUAUAUUUUUGUUUCAUUAUAUUACGGAUAUGUAAUCAAUUUAUGCAAGGUGUUAUAUUCAGUAUUAAGAGUUUUUCAACGAAACCAUCUUUGUUUUCACGUGAGCAUCGUACCUAAUUGGUUAUUAACUACAAAACUUUUUGUUUGGGACUUCAUCUCAUUUAAUAUUUUAUGUUUUAGCUUACAGUGGUUCUUUUCAUAUUUCUUCAAUCUCAUUACAUUUAUUCGGAUCGCUAUUCCACCGUAAUGAUGUAUAUUUAAUUUUACUGCCAUAAAUAUGUAAACUUUACAACAAUUUUGAUUUUGGAUUAUUGUAAGUUGUAAUCAGCUGAUGAGGACCUAACGGAAUAAAAUGAAUUCAUGUUAUUCUGCUCAAUUCAUUGUUUUUCCUCUCUUCAAUGAAAUUUAAAUGAACAUUGUAAUGAAGAAGAGACACUUCUACCAUCUAACAUGUCAUUAGACAGUUAGACUUGAAACAAUCCACAAAAAUACAUCCGUUUUAUCUUUAUCAACACUAUUUUGAUUUUGAGAUGGUGGAGAAGAUUUGUAGCUCAGGUGGAUGAUUUUGGUGGAGUUUUGUUCUCUGAGCUGGAUGGUUUGGUCGUAAAGCUUUCAUCGUUCUUCUGAACGACAUCAUCAGCACAAACUUCAGAAGUUUGUGCUGAUGAUCCAGCUCAGAGAACAAAACUCCACCAAAAAAAACCAUUUUGAUUUAUUUUGAAGUGUGUAAUCUAGAGGUUGAGACUAUCGAGUAUUUUGUAAGCAAAACUCAUACCUUAAUAUUCACUGACUCAAUUACCACUUCAUACUUGAUUGUGUUUAAAUUUCUACUUACUCCUUCUUUACGGUAAGUGGUGGAUUGGUGAUAUAUACAACAAACUAUUGUGUGUACGUUCUGAGUAAAUGAUGAUUUUCAUACAGCAUCAAUUUCCAUACUCUAUGACAGAAAAAUAGAUCACAUUGCAAUUAAUGUCAUCACUAAUAUUGUUUGCCUAGAAUAUAAUCAAAUGAUUUUUCUUUGAAUUAAUUAAUCUAUAGUCAUCACCCUAUCAUCCCAACUAAACUUAGAUAUAAAAAUUUCUGAGCAUUUUUGAAUUAUUGCUUUUCUCUGUAACGAUGAUAACAAUAAUAAACAAUAGAAAAAAAAGUAAUAACUACAUUUAAUCUUUUGAUUUUAUCGAUUUAUUUUCCAGUAUCCAUCCAUAUUCGACUCAACUGUCAUAUCACUGAGACCUUUGUUAUUUUUCAGCGGUAAUAUAGAAAUAUCAAAGAAUGAUACAAGUCUUUUCACCAUUGAUCAAUGGAUUAAAUUCAGCGGGGAGUUAAAAGUAGUCAAUUUAUUGAAAGUUAGUUGCAAAGUGAUUAAAUCUAUCCUUUCCUAUUGACUGAUUUUUUAACUAAUAUGCAUUUACAUACAUUAAUUUUACAUACAAACCCUCGAGUUCAUGUAAAAUAAGGUUCACUGUUACGUAAAGUUUCACUUUACUGUGUCACCAGUGAUCCAAUCACUCUUGAGCGUAACACAAUAUAUCAUUUCAUACUUUUCGGUGACUGAUUAAUUUGAUAAAUCAUACAUUCUAGGAACCUAUUAUUUCUCAGGUCUUUUGAAUAAAUAAUGCCACUUCUAUGCUUAGUGUUUGAUUAAUAUCCUUGGUUAUUUUUCAAAACUAGCAUUGUGGCUAAAACAUAAUACAAAAACAACUAUGGUUGCAAUAAUAAUUCAUGUACUCUGUCAUACACCCACAAUGCACUGCCAGCAAGUAAAAGUGUAAACUUUCCAAUUUAAUCUGGAAAUCAGGCUAUUUUAUCUUUAUAGAAAUGAAUUCAUACUAGAAAAUGAUAAAAGCACUGUAGCAUAAUUUCUGACUACGGUUCAACUUUUCAUUUUGUAGGGAGUAAGUUUUUUGUAAUACGUGUGGUAUUACCGUACAGGAGACAGCUCAGUAAUGACGUCUCACACUGUGAAUCUGAGUGACGCGUGUUCGAAUCCUCCGAAGCACAUUAUUUUCCCAUCAGUCACUGGUGUACGUUGCUGAUAAGUACUAAUCAACAAGAAACUUACAUCCAGAGUUGCUUGCUGCCGAUCUUCAACCAUACAAAAGGAUUUUCUAGUAUAACAUUUUUAAUUAAUGACUACCUAAUGAAGAAAUGGUUUAAAAUGAAUGAGACGAAAUUUUUUUAAAUGCAGUGGAAGAAUAUAGAUCACAUAUUUUUUUAGUGAAAUAUCAUUGUGUUAUUUUAUUCUAGUAUAUUUAUAUAUGAAAGAGUCUAUCGAUAAUUGUACUAUAUAGCAUAGUGAAAAGAAAAAUGAUCAGUAUGUCUUAAGAGUCCUGUCUGGAAAAUAUUGAACUUUGUUUCUGAAAUACGCUUUCCGUUUAUUUAUCCUGAAGAGAAAUCUGAAGAUGUAGCUAAAUAUCCAAUAUGUUUUGAUAUCUGUAAAAUAGUAUCUAUUCUUUGAUUAAAAUAAUAGUGCUCACUAGCGAUUAAUUUCUAGAAGUUUUGAUGAAAAGUUGUGUCUGGGCGAUUUAAAUCUUGUUGGGAGUGAGAUAGAUAUCACCAAUAGUACUCCCAGUAAACAUAAGCGUUUAACUGAAAACGUAAGAAAAUAAAUUUAAUUUACCCUACAUAACUUUGUUAAAGUCCAUGGAUCCAACACUAGACUACACUGGUUGAAAUCAGUUUAGGAGCAUGUGUUUUCUCAUGAUGUAAAUGUAUUUUCAGCUUUAAAAAUCUCGAUUUGCUGAUGUGAUUAUUCCUUUUUUAAUGAAUUUCUACCCUCUUAGUUUUCUAGUUUUAAAACUACAUUCCAGGUCGAUUUUUAUCGGUGCUUCAUAUAUAUGCGUGCAUUGGCACAAAGUUAGGUGUACCUACCUACCUUAGCUACAGAUCAUAGUUGUGAUUCCUAUCCUUUUUGGAUGUUCUAUCAUAAUAUUAAUAUGUAUGACAUUUUUUACAACUGUAGAUCGAAGCAAAAUAUCUCUAGAGUUAGGAGUCGCUGAAAAAAUUGGUUUCCAUGAUCCAUUCAUAUUUUUAUUAACAGAAUAUUACCCACUGUUUUUUUACCAUAUCGACGACCAAAACUCUCUAUUGAGAUUCGUUUUCACAUAUAUCAACCAAUGCUGCACCAAAUUAAUGUCAACAUUCGUAAUCAGUCAACUUCGUGUUGGUUGAAGUCUAUCGGUCGGAUUCCUGAAUGGUUCAGCAUAUAGUACAUGUUUUUUGGUGUUGCGUUGUUUGGAAUCAAAUUAUAUUAUUUUAUAUACAGUUUUCUUCUUUUCGCAAAAAAGGAAACAUGUUCUGUAUUUUUAGCAAACAUUGAACAACAUAAACGCACUAAAGAGAAUGAAGGCUUUCCAGCAAAGGAGAGUUCCUUUAUGGCGAUAUCAUUCUCUUAGACUGUAUAAUUGUAUUUAUAGGUAAUUGGUUACAUUUAGUAGCCUGUAGUAAAACAGAAGAGUUAUGAAAUUAUCCAUAGUCAAAUUUACUCAACUAUCGAAUGUAAAAGUCUACAAAACCGAUGUGGUUUUACAUCACUUAAUAAAAUCAUCAAAGAUUAUCAAACCAUUUCAGGCAUCGAAUAUGAUGAUCUAUGAGUUGAUGUUAUUUCAAAGUAAUUAAAGUCAUCAAAAGUUUGCAAGUUUUGAUAAAACAAACAUAUAUAACCUCACAAUAUUAUUUCAGUUCCUAAUGGAUACUCUCUCUUAUAGGAAGCAGAUGACAAUUCUUUAUCAGUUAUUUUUUAAUCGCAUUUUUUAUAUGCAUUCAUGUCGACAUUUCUUUUAGGAUUUACGGAAAUGCAUGGAUGGACUGUUGGAACAGAAGUUUAAAAGUCCUAGCGUGGUUAACUGGGAUAUAACAAAUAAGGAAGGACGACUCCUUCAAACUAUUGUGGAUCUAUUAACAAGUGAACCCCCGCCAGCUGUUCAAGUUGAGAAAUUAAACUUAAAAACAUUCUCCAUAGGCAUCCAUAAAUAGUUAUUCGCACCACUAAUAACCCUGUAGAUAUAUGUUUUAACAAUUCUGUUUGUUAAUGACUUAAAAUAAAUCUUGUCUAUCAAGAAAAA